AUGUUGUCUAAGACGACAGGCAAGCGGCUGCUGCUGCUGAAGAACCCGUGGUCGCACCUGCGCUGGAAGGGCAACUACUCGGAGAUGGACCAGCGCCACUGGACACCGGCGCUGCGCCAAGCGCUCAGCUACGACCCGCAGUCGGCGCAGCAGUUCGACAACGGCGUGUUCUGGAUCGACUACGAGAGUCUCGUGCGCUUCUUCGACGUGUUCUACAUGAGCUGGAACCCUCAGGUGUUCUCGCACACGUUCGCCCACCACCAGACGUGGCUGGCCGGCCUCGGACCCAUCCGGGACAUGUACAACAUCGGAGAAAACCCGCAGUACCGUCUGGAGGUGCGCGGCCCCACCGUGGUCUGGGUGCUGCUGAGCCGCCACAUCACCGAGAUCGAGGACUUCCGCAACAACAAGGAGUACAUUACCGUGGCCGUCUACCGCACCGACGGCCGCAGAGUCUUCUACCCCAACGAGCCCGAGCCGUACAUGGAGGGCGGGCGCAUCAACUCGCCGCACUACCUCUGCAAGCUGACGCUGAAGAGGCCAGCAUUACACCUUCACCUCGUCAUCGCGCAUUACGAGAAGCUCAACACCAUCCACUACACGCUAGGGGUCCCGUACCUACCCACCCAGCAUUCGGUGACGGGCGAGUGGCGGGGCGUGACUGCCGGCGGCUGCACCAACCACCCACACACCUACCCCAACAACCCGGUGUACCAGCUGCGCCUGCCGGCCGCGGCCAGCCUCACGCUCCAGCUGAAGGGGCCGCGCGUUUACCAGAUGGGUGUGGACAUCACGUGCGUGGAGGCCAACCCAGAGUCGCCGGGCUACUUCCGCCGCCAGAGCUCGGGCUCGUACCGCUCUGGUUUCGUCGUGUUGGCGCUGGAGAACGUGCCACGCGGCACGUACAACAUCGUGCCCAGCACGUACAUGCCCGGCCAGGAGGGGCCGUUCAUCCUCAGCCUGUUGGCGGCCGAGCCGGCUCAGCUGGCCAGGAUCAAGUAGGCGCGUCGCUGGCGUGGCGGCGCUGUCGCCGCUUGAGGAUAGCCGGGACACGACACCGGUCGGACCGCGCUGCCGCUGACGAGGCUUCAUUAUUGCUGUCGGGACGAUGACGUCAUUCAUCCGGGGACGGCGGCACGUCGCCCCUGUGACGACCCGCGAGACGCGCAGAGCUGGGAUGACGCACGCGCUUGGGAGCCGUCGUCGCUGCCCCCUUGACGCUGCGUUGCCCCCGUUGGCAACCCUCAUGCCACAGCAUGGCCCGGGUGGCGCGCUCGCUUCGGUGACGCCAGCGCUGCCGCCGCCGCCGGCGUGCUGUCCUGGCGGUCGGAGGCGCGCCGCGGGUGGUGCUGGCCGAGUCGCCUGCUCCGGCGACGGCUCGGCUGCCGUCUGUGAUAGCCGGACGCCGGCGCCGUGUUGGCGGUGACCGCGCGCGUCUCGAGCCCGUGCGGUAUCGGAUGGCGCGCCGUCAUGGCCCUUGUGGCGCUGGGUGUUCCCCGGCGCUGCUGAGACGAGUUGACACCCGCACAGGUGCAAUCUGUUCAGUACAUUCGUCACGUCCUUUGGAGUGCUAGGUGAAUCGUGCGAAAAGGUGCGCCUCGCACAUGUUGAAGAUGCGUGCCUUCUCUGUGUUGUAGUGAGAGUUAUGAACAUAGCGUUGGACGUGUGUUUGAUGCGUUGUUUCAAUCCCCAUGAGCCUGCCCUUGGAUAUUGUUAUGACUGGGUAUCUGGUGCUGCUGUUGGAGCCGUAAACGGUUUGUAGUUUUGCGAGUAUAUCGUCAGUCUGUUACUUGAGCUGUGCUGGGAAUGUCGCGGUUCUGUCCUGCUUGGGUUCAGCACUUAAAACUGUGUGAUACGACAGAGGGGCUGCUAUGCCUAUAUUUUAUUUUCACAGCUUAGCCCUGAAUAAAUAAAUGAA